AAUGGGGAGAGAGUGCAUUUCUUUUCAGCAAUGGGGAGCACAGGAGGGUCGCUGCUCUGGACUGCCUGUUUGGUGACUUCCUUCCUCAAAUAUGCAGGCUCUGUGAAGGUGUCUGUGAGGGACCGGGCACUGGAGGUGCUGCAGGGAGAUUCAGUGACGCUGCCCUGCUCGUUCUACACCAUGGGGCCCCUGUCCCGACUCAACAUCAUUUGGACACUAGUGCCCCUAUCUGAUCCCGAGUCACCCUCCCAGGUGAUAGUGUAUGACCACGGUCAGGUGAUCGAGAACCCCGCUCUCACCGGACGGGUAGGCUUUGUGGGCGCGCCCUGGAGCGCCGACAUCGUCCUGAACGGCACGCGCGUGUCCGAUUCUGGAACGUACCGAUGCGUGGUCAACAACCCGCCUGAGCCUGGGGACCCUGGGAUCGGCGAGCUGAGCCUCGAUGUUCUGGUACCCCCAUCCCUGCCCGUGUGUCAGUGGGAGGGGGAGAUGGACGUGGGGGGCAGCGUCACCAUGUCCUGCGCUGUGGAGCAAGGGGUGCCGGCCCCGGAGAUGCGCUGGGAGAAGGUGGAGCCGGAUCCCAUCUCCCUGCCCCUCGACAUGGACGGUGAUCUUAAAGGCACAGUGUGCAUCGCCAACAUAUCAGCACAGACCUCCGGGCUGUACCGCUGCUCUGUCACCAACCCUCUGGGCACCCAGAACUGCUACAUCAAACUGUCUGUGUACAGCCCUCCAGACAGUUCCCCUGGGAUCCUGCAGGGGGUGCUGCUGACACUGUCCAUGGCACUGGUGCUGUUGGCGCUCCUGGCCCUCGUCCUCUGGAUCCACCGCUCCGGCCGGGACAGGAAGUGGCAGGAGGGCAAGGAGGAAGAGCGCCGCGACGAGAUCAGGCGCACACCCACCUUCCUCCGCCGCUCUUUCGUCUGAACCCACACCUCGCAUACGGAGCCUUCCGGAAGAACGCGCUCACAGAAGGCCCCGCGACUCCCGUCCAUGUGACUCACUCUCCCCCCAGGGUUCAGUCACCAUAGAAACGUCCUGCUUAUAUUCCGCAUUAUACAGAGCACAGCUACGAAGGCAAAGUCAAACUCAGAAUCAAAAUGUUGAAUCAAAAUGGCGAAAUAAAGACAAUUUAAACUGG